CCAACACGACGCUGUACCCGUACCUGGCUGUGCACCUGCAGUCUCUGGGCUUCGGCGCGGACAAGGCGGCCGUGGUGUUCGCCAUCAUCCCGCUCGUGUCCAUCAUGGGGCCUCCUGUGGCCGGCGCCGUGGCUGACAAGAUCGGUAACUUCAAGCUUUUCUUCUCCGUAAUGGUAGCAGUGUCCGGCUUACUGUCAUUGUUCCUGUUGGUGAUCCCGGCAGUGCCAGUGCCUCCGGGCCUCUCGCUCACACUCCUAACGGACCAUCUCGAGCCUGAGUACCAAGACGUCAACAAACUCGCCGAGGUGUUGCCCAAGGAGGAGUCAGGCAAGACGGUUGACGCGGAGUACCUGCAGUUCAUCGUCAUCACCAACCAGUCCGGCUGCGACAUCUACGACGAGUAUCAGACGACUAUGGAUGGGAUUAACAAGAUCAACAUCGGGUCGGCGGAGCCCAAGGCCACCGCCAACCUGACCCUCAUCCAGAAGACGAGCAACUUCUCCCUGAUGGCCGUCACCACCCACCACCCCCUGUACUGCCCGACGGGCGUGCCCCUCCGUCCGCUCUCCAAGGGGGCCGAGGCGCUCCUGCCGGAGAUCCUGAUGGACUACAACACCUCGGCGCUCGACAUAAAGAACGGCAACCUGUCGACGGACGAGGACGCCUGGUGGCGGAGCGGCUGCGACGUCAAGGUGCCCGGCCUGUGCGAGCCGCACCACGCCGACAUCAUCGGCGCCGAGGCCCUCUCCUUCUGGACGUACCUCUUCGCCAGGACCUUCCUCAACGGCGCCGUCAACGCCGCCUUCACGCUCUUCGAGGGCGCCACGCUGUCGCUGCUCAAGAGGCACGAGGGGGACUACGGUCUGCAGAGGCUGUGGGGUUACAUGGGAAGCAUGGUGUUCACGCCAUUCUCCGGUUGGCUCAUCGAUACCAUGAGUUACGGAAGCAGCACCCCGGAUUUCAGACCCGCUUUCUACCUGUUCGUGGGACUGCAGGGUCUGGCCGGCCUCGUCGCCCUCUCGGUAGACCUCAAGUUCAAGCCUCCAAGCGACCAAGUCAUCAAGAACAUCUGGAGGUUCUUGCAUAACGUGGAAGUCAUCAUGUUGUUUGUUGCCAUGGGGUUGUCUGGUGCUUUCUUCGGAUUCCUGGAAGCCUUCCUCUUCUGGUUCCUGGGCGAUCUGGGCGCCUCCCGCUCCCUGAUGGGCCUCACCGUGACCGUGGGCGCCGCCGCUGCCAUCCCGCUGCUGAUCGUCAUGACACCCAUCGUCAGGAAGUUCGGGCACAUCUGCGUCAUCGCCAUGGGGUUCCUGGGCUACGCCAUUCGCUUUGCAGGUUACGCCUCCAUCUACAACCCCGUCAGCGCCCUCUACUUCGAAGCUCUGGAGGGCGUGACGAUGGGCCUUAUGCUGUCGGCGGGGAUGACCUACGCCUCGGAGCUGUCCACCACCAAGACGGUGGUGUCCCUUCAGGCGCUGUCGGGCACGCUGCACUACGGCGUCGGUGAGUGGGGAGUGAGAGGUGACAGAAAGGAAGACACAGAGGUGACUUAUGUAGCAGGAUUUAUAGACACAAUGAGGGGAUUUAAGAAAGAAAUGGAUGCGCAGUUGAAUGAGAAGCUUUUGAAGAUAUGA